AGUUGACAAACAUGAACUGGAUAUUUUAUUUACUCCCAACUUGCAACUAAUAAUUAGUACGUCGAAGACAUAUGUUAAAAACAUUUUUAAUUAAUGGACAUGUGGCAACCACUUAUAAACUUUUGGAAUGUCAAAUCAGGUAGCAUAAAUUAAUUAAAUUUAUUCAUUGAUUAAUGGCGCAGAUUGUUUGGAAUUUAUUGUAAUGAAUAGUUAAUCAAUUUCCAAAAAUACGUAUAGCGUAUAAUUAUAAGAAAAAUAGAAUGGAUACUGUUCCAUUGCGAGACUCGGCCACUGAAGUUGUAGUGGUAGACAAUACAGCGGGUUUGGAUGAUACAGUUAAUUCAGCUCCAGUACUCCGUCUUCGUUUAAAAAAGCCCAAACCGGACAGACAAGUUGCCUGGCGUGAGGGUACCAUUGAUAAUGAAGACAUGGGAAAAAAAAAAUCCAAAUGCUGCUGCAUAUAUAAAAAGCCUGUAAACUUUGGAGAAAGCUCCUCUUCUGACGAUGAGGAGUGUGAACACUGUUUUGGGCAUCCUGAAAAGCGGCGGAGAAAUACAAAUAAAAGCCAUGAUUACGUUAAAGAUGACACCGAAAAUAACAGUAAUGAGAACAGAGAGUCUGAAAUAGAUAUUACUGAAAUACAUCAACCACAAGAUGACAAUGGCUCCCAACUUAUACAUAAUUGACGAUAAGUUACACAAUUUUAACGAGAACCAAUUGCAGGAUUUUCAUGCUAAUUUUGUUACAUAAUUAUAGCCCAUAUUUCUUUGUAAAUCCCAAAUUAGGUGUUUUUUUUUUUUAAAUAAAUUGUAUCCUCCGGUUCGUUUACCUAAUUUUAUGAUAAAGAAAGAAUAUGAAACAUACUUAAUUUUUUUUCCAUUAUUGGUUUAUUUGCACCUCUGUUACAUUCAUAAUUUGAACCAAAAAUUUACCAUUUUACAUCUUUUCAUAACCUAUUACAAACUUAUUAAGUGACAUCCUUUAAUAUAUAUAACAUAAAUAAACAUGCAAAAUGUAUCAACAAACUUA